AUGGAAGAGCAGGACCCGGAAGGACCUGGCAAGAGAUCAAGGAAAGGCCCCCAGCCCAUCCAAGCUGGGAGUGGCGUUGAAUUCUGGGAGAAAGCUGAGCCAGAGACCUGGGAUCAGGAGCCUCUGAAUUCAGAAGUACAUUGCCAACACUUCCGUCAGUUCCGCUACUGUGAGGCCGAUGGGCCCCGAGAGGUUUGCAGCCAGCUCCAUGGACUUUGCAAUCACUGGCUGAAUCCAGAGAGACAUACCAAGAAGCAGAUCCUAGACCUGGUGAUCCUGGAGCAGUUCCUGACCCUCCUGCCCCAGGAAAUGCAGUGCUGGGUCAGAGGAUGUGGGCCAGAGACCAGUUCCCAGGCAGUGGCCCUGGCUGAAGGCUUCCUCCUGAGUCAGGCAGAGGAGAAGAAGCAGGCAGAACAGAGGUGGGAUCUAUCCAUGAAGAUGGAAGCCAAGUUCUGUGAGAGGGAAAGCGCUCCAUUGGAAGAAGGGCAGCGGGGCCAGGGCCAGGAACGUGCCCAAGAUGCCCUCUUAUGCGGCAGUGAAGAGACAGUGUUGAUCCAUUUUGUUUGCGAAGGUGUGGAAACAGCUGUUGUACCUCCAGUCCAGUCUCCAGUUUCCUUUGGGGAGGUGGCUGUGUAUUUCACUGAAGCAGAGUGGGCCUUGCUGGAUCCAGACCAAAAAGCUCUCUACAGGGAAGUCAUGAUGGAGAACUAUGGGAGCAUGGCUUCUCUUGCAGGGGACGAUCAGUGGAAGGUGGGUGAUGAGGAAGUGCACCAACUCUUAACAGAUGAAAUGAAGAGUGAAGAUUUUAAAGGAAACUUCAGGAAUCAAGGCAGACCUAAGUGGCAGAAAGGAUGUCACAUGGCUGAGAAGAACAAUAAACCAAUUUCUGGCAAUGGGCGGGAUUUCCGUGAACGAAGCCACACGGUGGAGGAAGCAUAUAAGUGUUUGGAGUGUGGAAUGCAUUUCUCAGAUCAAACCCAAUAUGAUAUCCAUUUGCAAAUGCACAGUGGAAAGAAGACCCAUCAAUGCUUGGAGUAUGGCAGGAGCUUCCUUCAUAGAGCAGAAUUCCUUAGACAUCAAAGAACACAUAGAGAAGAGAAACCUUAUAACUACGAAGACUGUGGCAAGAGCUUCUCACAGAAAUCAGACCUUUUUGAACACGAAAAAAUUAAUUCAGGAGAGAAGCCAUUUAUCUGCACGGAAAAUGGAAGAAUGAUCGCUUGUGGAAGAAAAGGAAAUGCACUUUUCCCGAAGGAUAGAACAACGAGGGGACAUAGAUGCUGUUGGUGUGGAAAGAACUUCAGAUGCAGAUCGAAGCUCCUUGUGCACCAAAAACUACACAAAGGGGAGAAACCUUUUGAAUGCUCAGAGUGUGGAAAGAGAUUCAAUAGCAGGGGAAAUCUUCAACAGCAUCAAAGAACACACACAGGGGAGAAACCUUUUGAAUGCUCAGCGUGUGGAAAGAGAUUCAAUCGCAGUGACCAUCUUCAGCAGCAUCAAAGAACCCACACAGGGGAGAAACCUUUUGAAUGCUCAGAGUGUGGAAAAAGAUUCAUUUGCAAUAACCAUCUUCAGCUGCAUCAAAGAACCCACACGGGGGAGAAACCUUUUGAAUGCUCAGUGUGUGAAAAGAGAUUCAGUCAAAGUGGCAGUCUUCAAAUGCAUCAAAGAACCCACACAGGGGAGAAACCUUUUGAAUGCUCAGAGUGUGGAAAGCGAUUCCGUCACAGUGGCAGUCUUCAACAGCAUCAGAGAAUGCACACAGAGGAGAAACCUUUUGAAUGCUCAGAGUGUGGAAAGCAAUUCAGACACAGGAGCAGUCUUCAACAGCAUCAAAGAAUGCACACAGGGGAGAAACCUUUUGAAUGCUCAGAGUGUGGAAAGAGUUUCAGUCGGAAUGGCCAUCUUCAAAGUCAUCUAAGAACCCACACAGGGGAGAAACCUUUUGAAUGCUCAGCAUGUGGAAAGAGAUUCAGUCGCAGUUUCACUCUUCAACAGCAUCAAAAAACUCACACAGGGGAGAAACUUUUUGAAUGCUCAGAGUGUGGAAAAGGAUUUAGUUGCAAUGGCGGUCUUCAAACACAUUUAAGAACCCACACAGGGGAGAAACCAUUUGAAUGCUCAGAGUGUGGAAAGGGAUUCAGUCGCAGUUUCACUCUUCAACAGCAUCAAAGAACUCACACAGGGGAGAAACCUUUUGAAUGCUCAGAGUGUGGAAAAAGAUUUAGUUGCAAUGGCGGUCUUCAAUCGCAUUUAAGAACCCACACAGGGGAGAAAUCAUAUGAAUGCUCAGAGUGUGGAAAGAGAUUCAGUCACAGUGGCAAUUGUCAACUGCAUCAAAGAACCCACACAGGGGAGAAACCUUUUGAAUGCUUAGAGUGUGAUAAGAGGUUCAGUUGCAGUAGCCAUCUUCAACUGCAUCAAAGAACCCACACAGGAGAGAAACCUUUUGAAUGCUCAGAGUGUGGAAAGAGAUUCAGUCAAAGUGGCAGUCUUCAACAGCAUCAAAGAAUCCACACUGGGAUGAAACCUUUUGAAUGCUCAGAGUGUGGAAAGAAAUACCGUUUCAGUGGUAAUCUUCAGCAGCAUCAAAGAACCCACACAGGGGAGAAACCUUUUCAAUGCUUACAGUGUGGAAAGAGAUUCACUUACAGUGGCCAUCUUCACAGCCAUCAAAGAAUGCACACAGGGGAGAAACCUUUUGAAUGCUCAGAGUGUGGAAAGAGAUUCAGUCAGGGCAGCUAUCUUCAAAUACAUCAAAGAACCCACACAGGGGAGAAACCUUUUGAAUGUUCAGAGUGUGGAAAGAGAUUCAAUAGCACAGGCAAUCUUCAAAUACAUCAAAGAACCCACACAGGGGAAAAACCUUUUGAAUGCUCAGAGUGCGGAAAGAGAUUUAAUUGCAGUAAAACUCUUCAAACACAUCAAAGAGCCCACACAGGGGAAAAACCUUUUGAAUGCUCAGAGUGUGGAAAGAGAUUCAGUCAGAGUAGCCAUCUUUAUAUACAUCAAAGAACCCACACAGGGGAGAAACCUUUUGAAUGCUCAGAGUGUGGAAAGAGAUUCACUCGCCGUGGCACUCUUAAAAAGCAUCAAAGAAUCCACACAGGCUAG